AUGGCGCUUCUCCACGUAUUUUUGACGAUCAUCGUCGGUCUUUGCAGUUGCCCUACACUUGCCGACCUUCUGACUUUCACGGAGAGUGCAAACACCGAGAAACUUGCUGGCAACGGCCUUGCACCGGAGAUAUGGAUCGCGUCCAAUGACUACAAUGGAGUCUCGAGAACCGCUUACGACAUUGCAAUAGACUUUGGCCGCGUUACCGGAACGAACGGAACCGUCAAGCUUCUGGAGACUUUACCAAGCAAUGUUGAUGCGUCGAGGCCUGUCAUUAUCGCUGGUUCUGUAGGCAAUUCAACCCUGAUAGACGGCCUCGUUUCCUCUGGCAAGCUUGACGCCUCUCAAAUUGAUGGAUUGUGGGAGUCAUAUACCUCCACCCUGAUAAGGGACCCUGUUGCCGGAUUGCCUUGGGCAUUGGUCGUUGCCGGGAGUGACCAACGAGGCGCGAUUUUUGGACUUUACGACAUAUCCGAGACUAUUGGUGUUUCCCCUUGGUACUGGUGGGCCGAUGUCUCGAUCAAGACCAAGACUGGCAUCUGGGUGACGGAAACGCCUAAAGUUCAAGGCCCACCCUCUGUCAAAUAUCGAGGCGUUUUCAUCAAUGACGAAGCACCAGCAUUGACUGCAUGGGUAAACGCCCGUUUCAAGAAAAGCGCCAGUGGGUAUGGUUUCACAAACGAGUUCUACAAGCUCUUCUUUGAGCUCUGUCUACGCUUGAAGGCCAAUUACAUCUGGCCUGCAAUGUGGAGUGCUUCAUUUUAUGUCGAUGAUCUCGCGAAUGGACCAACUGCAAACGACUGGGGUCUUGUCAUGGGUACGAGUCAUCACGAACCCAUGGCAAGGCCGUAUGCUGAGCAGCAUACAAAUCUUAGCGGUACAUGGGAUUGGGGCACGAACAAGGACAACAUUACCGACUUCUUCAAAGGCGGUGUUGAGCGGGCAAAGGGGUGGGAAACCAUAUACACGAUGGGUAUGCGGGGCGACGGUGAUGCUGCAUCACCAGAUCUGACAUCCAGCGCUCUUGAAGAAGUAAUUGGUGUUCAGCAAUCUGUGUUGGAAGACGUAUUGGGUGUGAGCAAUCUGGAGGACGUCCCGCAAACUUGGGUCCUUUACAAGGAAGUAGGCGGUUACUAUCAAGCCGGCAUGGCGGUACCAGAGAGCAUCAGCCUACUUUGGACAGAUGACAACGUCGGGAACCUGCUGAGGGUCCCUUUGGCCAACGAGACGGGUCGUGCGGGAGGCGCCGGGGUGUACUAUCAUUUCGAUUAUGUCGGAUCCCCGCGGAGUUACAAAUGGAUCAAUUCGAUUCAGCUUGUCAAGACUUGGGAACAAAUGCAUCUGGCCUACGAGAGAGGUGCGAAUCAAGUCUGGAUUGCAAAUAUUGGUGACAUCAAAGCUCUGGAGGUUCCAACGACUCACUUCCUGGACAUGGCAUACGACAUGUCCAACUUUGCGACACCGGAAGCCACAAAUGACUGGAUAGUUCGAUGGGCUACUCGCGAAUUCGGUCCCGAGGUAGCUGCUAGCACGGCACAGAUAUUUACAACUUACGGAAGAUUAAUAGUUCGUAGGAAAUACGAACUUCUAAGCCAAACCCCCUUUGCAUUCAGUACUGCCCACUAUGACGAGGCAGAGCGAGUUUUGGAGGAGUGGACAGAGCUCCUAGCAUUGGCGCAAAGUGUAUAUGACGGCUUUGAUCAAGCUCGCCGUACUCCAUUCUUCCAAAUGGUAUUGCAUCCGGUGUUGGCAGGCAAGACUGUUGUCGAGCUCUACAUCAAGGCGAACCUAAACGCCUGGACCUUGCAACAACGACGAACCAGCACCAAUCAGCUUGCGCUUGAUGUGCAAGAUCUGUUCCGGCAAGACCAGGUAAUUACUAAACGCUACAACCAAUUGAACGGCGGCAAGUGGAAUCAUUUCGCCGACCAAGUACAUAUUGGUUACACGAGCUGGAAUGAUCCCGUGGCCAAUACCAUGCCAAACGUGAGUUUUCAUGGUCAAUCCAACGUUCCAAAGUCGGGGCCAAUGGGCGUUUCCGUACAGGGAAGCGCCCUCAGUGCGCCCGGUGAUCCCGAGCGUUACCUCUUGUCGAUGGAUCCAUACAUGGGCCCCACCGAGAUCCGAUACUUGGACGUUUAUACUCGGGACAACCAGACCUUUUCCUACAAAGUGACUGCGAAUGAAUCAUUUGUUCGGGUUGACAACUCCAGUGGCGUAUUAUCUUCACCUGGAGGCAUGUCUGAUGUGCGAUGCCUCAUCUCUGUCGAUUGGAAUGCCGCACCGGACGGGCUGACUUGGGUUGGGCUUCGAGUCCAAGCGACAAAUGCUACCAGGACUUGGGCAACCACAGCGCAUUUGCCAGUGAACAAGACAAUUGUGCCGACUGGUUUCAAUGGCUUUAUCGAGUCGAACGGAGUUGUUUCCAUUGAAGCAGAGCAUUACCAGAAUUCCGAGACCAAGAACGGGCUAUCCUAUGUGACGAUUCCAGGCUACGGACGGACACUGUCAGGAGUGAAGCUCUGGCCAGUGACGGCAGAUUCGCAAACAACAUCAUCCGGACCCAAGCUUACAUAUUCCUUUUACUCCUUCAGCUCCCCAAAAACAGCAAGGUUGAUCGUUUCGCUCGGGUCAUCCCUCAAUCACGAUCCCAGUCGUCCCUUGAGAUAUGCUUUUUCUAUUGAUAAUGGAAGCAUAAUGUCGGUUCAGCCCGUGCCCAAUACGCCAAUGGGAACCUUGCCAAGUGGAUGGACAGACGCCGUUAUCUCGGGAGGGUGGCAAUCGAUUUCCUCGAUCAGUCUACCUGCUGGCGCUCACAAAUUGUCACUUUGGCUACUGGAGCCCGGCAUCGUAGUACAAAAGGUCGUCCUCGAUCUUUCAGGCUACAAGUCGUCCUCUCUUGGGCCUCCAGAAAGCAGGCAAAUUGAAUAA